AUGGGCGCUCCGCCCACCGAUGGUAAUUCGGUUAGUGGCACGUCCUCGGUAAAGGGAAUUGCAUUCUACGCGCAUGAUGCAGAGUUCUACCGUAAAGUCAAAAUCCUGGAAUCACUCACCCGACCUGAUAGACAACUUUAUGGCUAUUUGGAGUUUAUGCUAUUGGUGAUACGCGAUUCUAGGGCUUCACCUGAAAUCAAAGAAGCAGACAAAAAAGAGUGUACUCAACUCAUGCGUGAUGUUCAAAAUGUGACAAGUGCACAUGGAAAUUACGCGGAACUGAGAAAGAUUCUAGAUAAGUACCGUGCUGUAUCUAGAAGCCUUCAAAGGGGACAUGUAGCACCAGAACGGUAUGCUGAACUGAGGAGCGAUUUGGAGAAACUAGAAGAACAAUUCAAAGGUAAUGAACGGACAGCAUUCCGCACCUUUAUAUUCAACAAUGCGUCAUAUUACAGAGAAUCAAUCAGAAAAGCUAACAGCUUCAUUCGAAAACAUGCGGGUCAAACGCUGCCCUCAUCUCACGAUCACGGGUUACCGGGGGUAAGCAGCGGGAAUCCGCCGACACUCGGGCCAGAUUCGUCAGGCGACACAGGAGGGCGUCAUAGUGAUGCGCCCCAAAAUACCCCAGCCUCUGACGCAGGCAAUGAAGAGAUGCGAACAUUACUCAAUGAUCGCACAUUAUUAACAAGGUGGCAUAAGCUUCAAGCAACGGCAAACAAAAUAGAGGAAAUAUUACAUGACCCCUUGAUGAAUGACAUCAAUUUAUACGCAGCAGGUAGUCCGUAUUUUUUAAGUAACGCAUGGAUUCCCAAGAUUCAGGAGCAGUACGACACGAAUUAUGACACCUUGAGUGACAUCAGACAUGCAUGGCAUAUCUACGAACGUUACAACGACAUUAGUGAUGAACUGAGAAAGGUAGAUCCCAAAUCCCUUAAAAAAUCCGAAUUAAUAGAAGAACAACGGCGCCUCGAGUUAGCAUUUGAAGAAUACGGGACUCUCGCACAUGACAUGUAUGUAGGGUAUCUGGACUGGAGAGCGUCGAAUAUACUCUAUAUGCUGGAACAAGUUGAAGGCGAGAGGAAAAAAUCCCAAUCCACAUCGACUGUUCAUAAAACAUCACGACAGGUACCUACGCCUCUGGAGGUCACACCCUUACAACAGACAGUGCCAAAGGAACCCACAAUAUCACAACCAAACCAAACGAAUGAUACCAAGCCUUCACCCAGGAGAAGACAGCGGAAUGAGGCGAUGCAGUCACCAGGUCCAAAGAAGUGGAAUAAAACCGUAACCACACCAAGGAGAGCGAAGACAUACGAGCUCAAACCGUCACCUCUGGCAACCAAUCAGAAGACAUCGACCACUGAAAUUGAGGAAACAGGUCAACCGAGCUGCGAGGCGGCGGAAGAAAGCAUCACCUGUUAUAUGCAUGAUAUUAAUGAUUCCCAAAAGUCAUCAGGGUUUGCGACAAUGGGGAUCACGGUUAUUCGAACCAUGGUGGCAGUUGGUGCAAUUGCGAUGAUGUGA